AUUCCUCGUCCCCAUGUGGUGAACUCCUCUCGGACAACUUAUUCGAAGAACAAUUUUUCAUCGAAUAUUCGAUCGAACUUCAAUUUAUAUCGAUGUUUCUUCUAUUUUAGUGCAAAUUUUAAUCAAAAAAAUUAAACCUUUUGUCAACAUGGCGCGAAAUUUUCCCACUGCUCUCGAUUACCUGGGAUCAGAAGCUGAAGAUUUUAACAAGGCGCAACACUUGUAUCUGAAACCGAUGGCUGUUAUAAAAAUUACCGUAGUGCUGCCUCGGAUGACGAUCCCGGGACAAUCAAUAUCUAAUUGGGAUCUCAUGGAAAGACUAAAACGUGCAAUUGAUCCAAUUCAAAUGGAUUCUUGCAAAGUUCGUGAGAGCAAUAUCGACAGUGUUAUUUUUGAAGCGGAACUUCUUUCGCUAGGAAUCAUGCAGAAAACGAUGAAGAUUCUCGAUGGAUUCUCUAUGAAAGUGUCUGGAUUUGCUGAGCCCUUGAAAGUUAAAACAAAAGAGGCAAAGCUUGAUUUUCCAAGUCGUCAUGAUUGGGAUGAUUGGUUUAUGAAACAUAAGAUGGACGAGAUGAAACCCGGAGAACGUCCUGAUACAGUUUAUUUGGCAAGAAUUCCAGUGAAAUGGUUCUGCGAUGGUUACAAUGAUCUUCCUUCUGAACGACGUCUUCGCGUUGCAAUGGAAGCGUUCGGAUCUGUUAGAGUUGUCGACAUUCCAAUUUGUGACCCACUCCGAUCUCGAAUGAAUUCAAAAAUCUCUGGUAUUCAGCAAAAAGGUUUCGGAUUAGGGCAGGAUGUAUUUUUUGAAGCAUAUGUGCAAUUUAUGGAGUAUAAAGGUUUCGCCACUGCCAUGGAUUCCCUGAGAAAUCGUAAAUGGGCAAAACGAAUUGAUGGACGGUUCUUUCAGGCUAAUGUCAAGGUGGAUUUCGAUCGAUCACGUCAUCUCAGCGAAGUUCAAAUUGCAAAGCGAGCGGAAGAACGACGUCAAAUUGAAACGGAACGACUGCGGCAAGAAGAAGAGGAGUUGAAUAUCAAACGUCAAGAAGAACUGAAAGUUAAACAAGAACUCGAUGAUAAAGAUAGAAGACGAGAAGAUAGAGAACGGAAACGCCGCGAAAAGAGGGAACUCGAACGAAUGGCUGAAGAAGAGAAAAAACGCCUUGAAAAGGAACGACUUGAAGCAGAGCAACGAUCACGAGCCACUCGCCGUUUGCAAGGUGUUCGUCUUUUGAAGUUUCUGUUUGAAAAAAUUGAAGCACGAGAAGAGAGACGAAAGAGAAAAGAAGAAGAAAAGUUGAAAGAUGAGCUGAGCAAAAUCAAAGAACUUGAAGAACAACCUGUAGAACAAGAAGACGCAUUGAGGCAAGCUCUACUUCAGCAGAGGGAAAUUCGAAUGCGAGAACGCUUGAAAGAGAAGAUGAAAGCUUCAGGAGCAGAGAAGGAUAAGAAGAGAGAUAAAAAUAAGACUUCUAGAAGAAGACGAACUAAUAGACAUGACACUUCAUCCUCUUCAUCCGAAGAUUCUGAUUCUCCAUCUGAUUCUCCCCACUCUCGUCGACAAAGAAAACGUCAAAGUGAAGGAGAUGAUUUCCGGAGACAUCAUCAUCGGGAGAAAAGUAGAAAACGUGGAUCCUAAGAAAACGCGGAUCCUAUUUUUGUUUCCUAUUAUUUUACCGGUAAUUUCACUUUUUUUAAAACAUAUUUUUUGAUUUUUUUUUCAGAAUCUCAAUAAACGUAUUUACCUCU